UCACACCAAAUGUCUUGGCAGCCGAAUUGGUGUCGUUUGUGCACAGCGCAAGCGGAGGUUUCCAGCUACGAGAGUUGCGUCGGCCUUGUAGUGCGCGGCGGAGGUAGACAUAUCGAAGUGGCCGACCUCGAGACAUGGCCACCGGGUAUUCGAUGGACGUGUCUCAAAUCUUAUCUACAUGUCGAAGGAGCUUCGAUCUCUCUCCAGAAGCCCUGCAACCAGCGAGAAUAUGCAGUGGCUCACGUGACCACAAGCACCGAGUACAAAAAAACGAAUGAUCAAAGCCGACUUUCUUCAGCGCAGCGCGCAUUGAUUCUAUUCGCCAGCUCUCAUGGCUCUGGUACGAACCCCAAUUGUGCCUUCCGCGCUCUUCGUCGGCACAAAGCAUCCGGGUUGCACUCCGCGCGCACCGCGACGAGCGCGUCUUUGCGUUCGUUCCGCCGGCAACAUCAAAACAAACAACAUCAAGGUGGUGGUCAAUGGCGCCGGCAGGGAGCUCGGGAGGGCAGCCAUCGCGGCCAUCCACAAGGCCCGAGGCAUGGAGGUGGCCGGAGCUGUCGAUGUCCAAUUCGUUGGGCGCGACGCCGGGGAGAUAGCCGGGUUGGACGAGGCGCUGGAGCUGCCCAUCGUCAAUGACCUCGUCAUGGUGUUGGGAUCACUCUCCCAGAAUACAACUUCGGGAGUUAUGGUGGACUUCAACACCGAGUCGAAAGUGGUAUACGACAACGUUCGACAGGCCACGGCCUUCGGCCUGAAAAGCGUCGUAUGCGGUGCCGCUUUGGAGCCAGAAGAUUUAGACGCCUUGUCGACGUUUUGUGAAAAAUCAAGCAUGGGCUGUAUUGUUGCGCCCACACUUUCCAUCGGGAGAAUUCUUCUACAGCAAGCUGCUGUCGCUGCUGCGUUUAAUUAUGGCUAUGCGGAGAUCAUAGAGUCGCAGCCGGGCUCCAAGGUGUACCCUUCGUCGGAAGCUCAAGAGCUCGCCCUGAACCUUUCGGGACUCGGUAGAAUCUACAACGACGGAGAUCUCUCACAGCAACACGUGGCCAGGGGAGCCGUCGUAGGAGAUGGAGUUCGCGUCCACAGCCUGUCCACGCCGAGCGGCACGUCGAGCCUGGAGAUUCGCCUCUCAAGUCCGUGGGAGGUGCUCUCGUACAAGCACGACAUUUCCGACGUGCGAGCCCUAAUGCCAGGACUUCUUCUGGCCAUUCGACGGGUGGUCCGUCUGAAGAAUUUGGUUUACGGCUUGGAGAAAAUUCUGUAACUCUGGAGAUAGAGACACUGCCUGCCCGCUGCCCGCUGCCCGCUGCCGUGGAAUGCCAUCAAGGCACUGCUGGGUUCGUGACGGGCGACAAGACGGCAGCACCGAGAUCUCUCGAACUUCGCGAACGUUGUCGUGGCUUGUCGUGCGCAGGGAGCAGCGGAGGGCCUCCGUGCGACCAAGUUGUCUCUUCUUCUUUAAGUUCUUUGCAUUCGCGGGUCGGGUUCUUGUUUGGUGGAUGGAUCUGGAGUGCACGCAACCGCGGAAGAUCAUCCUACGGAAUCAAAUCUGUUACUUGUCACUCGUAGAUCAUUUUGAAACUGAUUUUGACUCGACGUGUGGGUCACAUUCUAAUUUUAUUAACGAGGCCCUUAUCUUCGAGAUUUUAUCCCACGCGAGGUUUCAUGAGGUACCUAUUAAUUACCAUGUACGAUGAUCCAUCGGGUCUUUUAAAACAUGUGAGUAUAGUCGGAG